AUGCCUCCGGAUGCACCAUGCACGAUCCGAUACGAUCGUCGGUCCGCACUGUGCCGUGCCCAGUUGCACAAUCUCGUGUCGCCAAAGCAUGAAGAGCACGAGAAGGGGGGCCACCAGACCAUCCCUCUCACCACCACCAGACCCCUCAUCACCAGACCCUCUCGCUCGCCGCCCCCGCGUCGCCUGUCACCAGACACGUCCAUCAGACGCGUCUCUUCUCACUUGGGUGAAGCGUGUCCUGGUCGGGUCUUCCUUCAACCCCUCGUCUGCAGGGCACGGCCGUGA